UCAAUUUAGGCUCUUUAAAUGGUUCUCUUACCGAAUUUGUUGGUUUGGUUUUGACCGGAAGUGGUACUGGCAUGGUUUAUUCUGCUCCAGAAACUGCAAAAUCUGUUGCCAGUCUACUAGCAGACGCAGAAUUUCGNGAAGAAAGUUUNAAUUGUCCUACAGANGANGAUUUAAGGAUAGCUAUCCAUCGUUUUGUGGAACGCCAAUCAGCACGNAAAGAACAAAGGGAGGAGAAUGCCGUGAAACCGCUNAAUCAACAAAUGCAUCANGAGAGCAANGAUGCAACUUUGAAUCAAACCAUCGGCAUAAUGAANGAAAAGAUAUACGCAAGUUCAAAUUCUGUUCAUCGUCGCUAUCAUCUUCUAGGAUAUUGGACCUCUGUUAUGUUCUUGUAUCCUUUUGUCUUAGUUAUUGCNGACCUAAAGCGUCGUUUGCCACAUUACCUGUCAGACUUUGUUUUCGAAAUCAACCAAAGACGUGCUCAACAGAAAUACUUGUUUGCCAGUAUAUUUCUAAUUUUUACCGCAACACUUCCUGCCAUUGUCUUUGGCUAUAUUGUGGAAAGAACCACUCAUGGGCAGAUCGGUGUGAUAGAGUGUCUCUUUUCUCAAGGGGUACUCGGUCUGGGGUUUGCACUAUUNAGUGGUCAACCUCUCAUGGUNAAUAUGAUUACUGGGCCUACUGUUGUUUAUAUUCAAGUACUUAUGCGAUGGUCAGACAAGCUAGGAUUCGAGUUCCUUCCGUUCUAUGCAUGGACUGGAAUAUGGAUGGGCAUCUUUCUUAUUUUAUCAGGCUGUCUNAAUACAGCUGCUCUUAUUCCUUAUUUGGGAAGGUUCACGGACGAAAUCUUUCAGACCUUCAUUGGUUUCAUUUUCAUUCAGUAUUGGUUUACNGAAUUGAUUCGAAUUACACAUCAUGGUUAUACGCAAGUAUUAUUAUUUUUGUUUCUCUCUUUUUUGACUUUGAUUUUGGCGUUAUUCUUUCUUUUUCUUCGAGGCAGUUAUCUAUUGGUACCUUCCAUUCGCAAUGUAUUUGGAGAUAUUGGGCCCUCACUUGCUGUCCUUAUAGUCACAGGUAUAAGCUAUGCUUUCGAUCCAGUGGUCGUNGAACGACUGGAUAUAAGAGGUCCUAUUGGUUANAGUACUACUACAGGAAGACCUUGGAUAGUUCCUGUGGGNGAUCUAGAAGUUGGUUAUGUAUUUCUAGCAGGUGUAACUGGAUUUCUCUUGUUCUUGGUUGUUUUUAUNGAUCAAAACGUUUGCACGUAUAUUGUAGAAAGACCAGAGAANAGGCUUCGNAAAGGAACAGCUUANAGUUGGAAUAUGGUGAUAGUAGGCAUUUUGAAUAUAAUUGCGUCAGUUUUAGGUAUGCCGUGGAUGUAUGCAGGGCUACCUCAUUCUUUAUUACAUGUUUAUGCUUUGGCNGAUGUNGAAGAACGAGAAUCAUUGGGAAGAACAACUUAUCGCGUCAUUCAUGCCAGAGAGGUUCGAAUAGUAGGCUUAGUAGCCUACUUGUUUUCAUUUCUGAUCAUUCUGGCAAAGCCUGCUCUCGAUCAGCUUCCUAUAGAUGUGCUAUAUGGAUUUAUUUUAUUUAUGGGUGUAGCUUCCUUUCAAAGNAAUGGCUUAGUAGAACGCCUUAUUCUUCUGUUUACACAACCGGAAAGAUACCCUCCAAGCCAUAUCAUUCGCCGUGUGCAACGCGUUCAUAUUCAUGUUUAUACUUUGAUUCAGCUCUUUUUAGUAAUCUUGUUGUUUUUCGUUGCCGUGAAUUUCUAUCGUGGUUCAACCAUGUUCAAUACUGGACUUAUUUUUCCAUUUGUUUUGUUCCUUUUUAUUCCUUUNAAGUUUGGGCUUUUGUAUCGCUGGUUUCCAAAGCGNGAAAUAUUAGCAUUGGAAUCGGGCUCAUCGUGACUGUAUAGAUUUGUAAAGAACUUGUAAAAACCAUUUUUAUUUCUUUUGCUUUUCAAGCUUUUGCUUCAUGGGUCUAGCUAUAUACAUAGUAUUGGAUUGGAAACUUACUUUCAUAGGAUUCGAAUGAUUUUCAUUGAUAGAUUGAUUGCUUCAUUCAAUAAGGGAUGAGAUGAAUUCCUAGACCAAGUUCAAGACCAGUUAACAAAAUUGCUAAAUCAAAAUGAAUGGAAAACAUAAUCAAAGUGCAAUAAACAGUUUCAGAGAAGAGAGCUCAUGUUUGCCGUGUCAAAAAGCUAUUCAAUUUCCAUGCAAGCUAAAAAUGAACUUUUCACUCUUUCAUGGAAUGGAUAUUAUUACUCAUAGAGCAUUUGCAAUUUCUACUUCUUUUUGCAACUCCAAGCAAUCCUUGAAAAAACGAACAUCAUAAAAGUUUAAAACUCUUU